AUGCCGGUGAGCGGGCUGGACGAGGCCAUGGCACAGUCAGUGCUAUUUGCGCUGAGGCAGGCUGCGGGAUCUGAGGAGGUAGCAAAGGUGCCAGUGUUUUGGCUGGCAGCACUGGAGCUUGCACAGAUCGCCUCUGACAAGCUGCUGCGAGACAUGGAGCAGCUGGAACGGGCCCUCCAGUACUGGCAGGGCAGCGGCAAGGGUGGGGGCCACGUAAUCAUCAUGUUCCUUCGCCGGGGUCCGGUUGUCUUGUUCCGGCAACUCAAGGCAGCGCUGCAGGUGGACAAUGAAGUGCCGCCACCCAUCUCGCCUACUGAUAUGAUCGAACAAAGGGUGAGGUGGGACACUGUGGUGGAUCACUCAGUGAUGGGCUAUCACUGGGUGAUGAGUACUUUGUCACUUUGUGAAUGA